ACUUCUUAAGUGUAACAGAGAAAAAAGAGCAACCAUGUUAUUUCAAAUUGCAAUUACUUUUUUAGUGAUAACACUUUUUAUGUACUUUCGUCCUACAUCAACAGCAAAAUCCAAAGCCCUCCGCCACCUCCCAAACCCUCCGAGCCCGAAGCCCCGCCUCCCCUUAGUGGGUCACCUCCAUCUCUUGGACCCUCUUAUCCACCAUUCUCUCAUCCGUCUCUCCAAGCGCCAUGGUCCCAUUUUCUCACUCUAUUUUGGCUCUAUGCCUACCGUAGUCGCCUCUUCUCCUGAACUUUUCAAACUCUUCUUCCAAACGCACGAGGCCACCUCCUUCAACACCAGGUUCCAAACCUCUGCCAUCCGCCGUCUAACCUACGACAACUCCGUCGCCAUGGUACCUUUCGGUCCUUACUGGAAGUUCAUAAGAAAACUCAUCAUGAACGACCUCCUCAACGCCACCACAGUUGCCAAACUCAGACCUCUCAGGAGCCUUGCACAGAACGCGGAGGCUCAAACACCCGUCGACGUCACCGAGGAGCUUCUGAAAUGGACCAACAGCACCAUUUCCAAGAUGAUGCUUGGGGAGGCAGAGGAGAUCAGACACAUUGCCCGGGAACUUCUCAAGAUUUUCGGCGAGUACAGCCUCUCUGACUUCAUCUGGCCCUUAAAAAAACUCAAAGUUGGCCAGUACGAAAAGAGGAUCGACAACAUCUUAGGCAUGUAUGACCCCGUCGUUGAGAGAGUCAUCAAGAAACGUCAGGAGAUCAGAAGGAGGAGGAAGGAGAGGAAUGGCGAGCUCGAGGAAGGCGAACAGAGCGUGGUAUUCCUCGACACCUUGCUUGAUUUCGCAGAGGAUGAAACCAUGGAGAUCAAGAUCACCAAGGAACAAAUCAAGGCUCUCGUGGUCGAUUUCUUCUCUGCAGGAACAGAUUCGACCGCGGUUGCAACAGACUGGGCGUUGGCAGAGCUGAUAAACAACCCAAGGGUUCUUGCAAAGGCCCGUGAAGAAGUGUACAACGUGGUUGGGAAAGACAGGCUUGUAGAAGAAACAGACAUACAGAACCUUCCAUACAUCAGAGCCAUCGUAAAAGAGACGUUUCGCAUGCACCCACCACUCCCCGUCGUGAAGAGGAAGUGCGUGGCAGAGUGCGAGGUGGACGGUUACGUCAUCCCAGAAGGAGCUCUCAUACUCUUCAACGUCUGGGCCGUGCAAAGAGACCCUAAGUACUGGGAAAGCCCGCUGGAGUUCAAGCCCGAGAGGUUCUUGGAGAAUCCCGCAGAAGCAGGGGAGGCCGGGGCCAUUGACCUCAGGGGCCAACACUUCACGCUUUUGCCGUUUGGAUCAGGGAGGAGAAUGUGCCCGGGUGUCAACUUGGCCACUGCUGGAAUGGCAUCGAUGCUUGCUUCGCUCAUUCAGAACUUCGACUUGCAAGUUGUGGGUCCUACCGGAAAGCCCUUCAAGGGUAAGGAUAACAGGGCCAGCAUGGAGGAGAGGCCCGGGCUUACUGUCCCAAGGGCCCACAACCUUGUGUGUGUUCCUGUUGCUAAGUCCACUGCAACAACAAAGCUCCUUUCCUCGUAAAAAACUCAGCAUUAUGCUUUAAUCAUAUAAAAUAGUUUCAAUAAGUGUGUCUAUUGCUCGAGCACGACAUUGAUGACUAUCAAUGAAGUUCCACGGCAUGGCUUACAUUCACUACUUCACAUGUGCUGUAAUAUUUUUUUUUGCCACUUAUUUCAAAAGAAAAUCGUCAUUUAAUUUAAAAUACUUAAUGUAAUAUAAUGUAAUGCCUUAUACAUUUGUCUCUUCUCCUUUGUUUUCA